GGGCCUCCCGGCUGGAGAGGCUGCGGGCGUGGCUAAAGUGCCGUGUGCUGAGGAGACGUUGGAAAAUAAAUCCCAGUUCCGUGCCGGCUGCUCGGAGGUGGCGCCUCCUGCCCUGUUGUGGUCGCCCUUGGUCCCGCUUUCCUCUUGCAUUGCUGUGUUCCGCUCCUCCUGGCUUGGCGCCUCUGGUGCCGCAGGUCUGGCGCUCCGGCCCCUCGAUGGAAUUCGGUCUAUAUGAUCUCUCUUUCCUUGCAACUUACUGUAAGCCUGUACAGUUGAAAAAUCAUUCCUAGCAUUACUGAUCCGGGAUGAGGUUUUGUUGGCUAGGAACGCCAACAAAACCAUUUUGAAUCUCUUUCUGCCACUUACCACACACUACUGGAGACUUUACCCCUUGCGCCAGCUCUCCACCACCUGCGUUGCAGUUGCUGAGUUUCUCUCAGCUCUUUUUUUAUCCAGGAGGUAUCGGGCCUUUAAAAAGUUCAGAGAGAAGAAAUGAGACUGAAACUUCUGCACCUUCAGAUGAGAUCUUUCCACGCUUUAACAACAAUAUGCCAAUCCCAAAGCUUUAACAAAACUGGAUGUCUGCUAUUAAAGCUGGAUAAUGGAGUUGAAAGAGCAGCUCACAGAACAGCAAAGUCUUGGGAUUUGUGUGCACUGAAACCUGCAUUCCCUUGGUUGACAAGUCAAUGUGUGCAACUCAGGAAUCAGCAUUUUCUCCAAGGAUUUCUGUCCACUUUGGAAAGAAAUGUUUAUUAUCAGCGUGGGGAGGGUUUUUUCUCAUCCUGGAGACGUUUGGGGGCGACAGUGAUGGAAAACUACAGGCUCAAUACAGAGUGGAUCAAAAAGCUUAGGAACACGUCAUCAAGAUUUUAUGCAGUUGUAUCAGCUGGUAAAACUGUCCCCAAAGCCAGUAACCAGCCAGUGAAGAGGCCACCAAAGGCACCGAGGACCAAGCAGCCAUCCAGAGCGAACCUGCCGCUCUCUGACAUGGAGAAUCUGAUGCAGUGCACAGCCUUUGCAACAGCAGAUGAAUAUCAUCUUGGUAAUCUGUGUCAUGACCUGACUUCACAUGGAUAUGUUGAAAUAACAAGUUUGCCUAGAGAUGCUGCAAAUGUUUUGGUGGUCAGUACUGAGAAAUCUGCAAAAGAAGAUGAUCCUGGCAUGAUUUUUUUCUUCAGGGAAGGGGCUGUUGUAUUUUGGAAUGUGGAAGAGAAAAGUAUGAAGAAUAUCAUGCGAGUGCUAGAGCAGCAUGAAAUUCAGCCAUACGAAGUUGCACUGGUCCAUUGGGAGAAUGAAGAGCUGAACUAUAGAAUAGGAGAAGGUCAGUCAAAGCUCCAUAAAGGACAAAUCUUGUUAAAUUCUGAGCUGGAUAGUGAUGAAGUUGUUCUGCAGAAAUUUGCCUUUUCAAAUGCUCUUUGUCUUUCUGUGAAGCUAGCUAUUUGGGAAUCAUUACUGGAUAACUUUGUGGAAUCUAUCCAGUCAAUUCCUGAGAUUCUAAAGUCACGAAGGAAGGUAAAACUCUCUCAUGCAGAUGUGAUGCAGAAAAUUGGAGAACUCUUUGCACUAAGACACCGUAUAAAUCUGAGCUCAGACCUGCUAAUAACACCAGACUUCUACUGGGAUAGAGAAAAACUGGAAGAGCUUUAUGACAAGACUUGCCAGUUUCUCAACAUUAAUCGCAGAGUUAAGGUAAUGAAUGAAAAGCUCCAGCACUGCAUGGAGCUGACAGACCUAAUGCGAAAUCACCUGAAUGAAAAGCACGCGCUGCGCCUUGAGUGGAUGAUAGUAAUACUGAUCACCAUAGAGGUUCUGUUUGAACUUGCAAGGGUAGUUUUCUGAUGACAGAAACUCAGGAAGAAGAAAACAGACAAAACAAUAGAAAAGACAAGAUUUGGAAAAUUCCGAUCAGAUGCUUCUGGAGAAUGAUGAAGUUGUGUCUCCUGAUAAAUCUCUAAAUCUUCUGCUCAAAUUAAGAAAAAAAAAUCAGAUCAGUCUGUGAACAUUAUUCCCAGCCACUGUACUAAUAAUGUUAGAGAGGGCUUAAACUAUGGAUGAAUCUCAUGUGUGCUGACUGUAUUUGGUGAGACUCUACAUCUUUCUCCCUUAACAGUUAAAAUGAUGCUGAAUAAAUGGCUACUUUGUGUA